AGGAAGAGAGAGAUGGCAAACUGCUUUGGUGAGGAAGUGGACAUUUUCAAGUUGGAUACGAUGACUAGGUAUGUUGGUAAAGAGAAGAAGCGGGAAGACCUGGCACGAGAGGCAUCGCGUCUAAGUAACGAGGACGGCAAGAGCGACAAGGCUACAAAGUACGUCCGCGAUCUGAAAGCUUGGUAUGGCAAUGGAGUGACGACCUUGUGCCUGAUCUACAACCAAACCGGCGACACCCUGCGGUUCGUAGACACCGUAGACUGGUUUGGCUACAUCGGGCAAACACCAUACCCUACCGAGAUCGGCAAUGGCCAGUGGGCGUCCUUCCUCCACGUGAAGAGGUCCGGCGUGUCGUCAGGAUCCAUGGCAGGCAUAGUCUACCGUGGCAAAGAUAAGGACGGCCGCGAGCGUGACUUCAUGCUGGGUUGGAGCUCCCCCUGGGGAGCUUUCUAUCGUAACAAGGCCUACUGUGAGGUGGGCAAUGUUGGCUCAUUCUCGUCGCGCUGGGAUGAUCUGUAUCGCCGAGUCAGCAACGCCGCUUAUACUUGGGAUGCCAAAGACAACGGGAGAAGUUCCGUGCAUGCCAGCAUUGGGGCACCCAGUUCCUCCUUGUUCAUCGCAUAUGUCGAGACCCCUUUUGGUCCAUGAAUCUAGACUACCUAUGUGUACUACCUCCGUCUACAAUAGACGUCUGAGAUUUAUUUAAAUCUAGAUGUAUCUAGAUUUAUAUAAACCUCAAACAUUUAUUUAUAUACGGAGUGAUCGAGUAUGUUUAUUUAUUUGCUUCAUCGAUGUAAUGUUGUUCCAUCUUAAUUUCCCAGCCCAUCCUAGCUUGCUCUUGCAUGCUUGAAUAAUGAAUAAUAUAAUAUAU